AGAAACGUAUGGAUUCGGGAGAUCUAGAUUCGUUUUUGGAGAAAGUGGACCACGUUACCGAUGUUAUAAAGGGUUUGGCAGACAACGACCAAACUGCAACUGAUAAAGCUAAUGAGAUGCUGAAAAAUGGAAAGAGCUCAGAAUGUCUUGGAUUCAAUGCAACACGCAUAAAUAAGGUUACAGAACGAGAUGAAGAAGACACAAAAGUGCAACAGAAGCAGGGCUGGAUGGACGAAAUUGCGGCGGAUGCUGAAAAAAGAGCCAGGAAUCGAGCGAUUCGCAAGAAGGAGAGCGAUCAAUUCAAAUACAAAGGUAACAAAAGUUUAGCUGAAGGUGAUCUACAGUCAGCCUACAAUUUCUACUCACAAGGAAUUGAAAUUAUGAAAGAUAACCUACCUCUUUGGACCAAUCGAGCUCAAGUGUCGAUUAAAUUGAAUCGACUGCAAGAGGCUAUCGAUGAUUGCGACUUUGCCUUCAGAAUUGAAGAGGGAUGUCUGAAAGCAUUUGUACAUAAAGCGAAAGCACUGGCGUUAAUGAAAAAGUAUGAAGAUGCUCGUAGUUGUCUGCAGGAUGCGUUAGAAGAUGAAUUUAAACCAACUGCAGCUCGUAAAAAGACAGUGGCGGAGUACAUGGACUUAAUAGAUGAGAUGGAAAAUGAAUAUCGUAUGAGUGAAUUGGCAGAUAAAGCAAAGGAAUCAGGAUCUAAUGAGUUCAAAUCGAUAAACGAGUGUGUCACCUGUUUGACGAAACCAGAGCAACCAAGUCUGUACUACAUCGGAGCCAUGCAAUGUCUCCUGUCUCUCGUACUAAACGAACAAGAUAAGAUUCUGGCUCGAAAAGAAGGCGCACUUGACAUUUUAGCACAGUUUAUUUACCAAAAAGGCACAUCUUUGUUGAGCUGCUCAAAUGAAAGAACUGGAAACGAAAAAAUCUCGAAGAGUGCGAAUAGCGCUGAAGAUGGAGAUAUGAUGAUUUUGAUUAGUUCUUUCGAUGUUUUGAGGUCAUUGUCGACGAAUUGCUUCAGUAAUCUGGAGUAUAUAACUAAAACGCAUCUGGACAGUUUGAAAGUUACACUUGAUUUGUUGUCAUUGCAAAAUGGUACGAAAGUAGAGCUUACAGUAUCGACGUUGCAAUUUGUUUCUGCUCUCUUGGAAGAUAAGUUUUGUCGAAGAUCCUUAGUGAAUAGUUGGGGUGGGGAUUCAAUCGUUAAUUCAGUUUUGGCUGCAACAAAUAUUGCUACUAUGAAUGAGGAAAAAGCAGCUAAAGUGUCUUGGAAGAAGAAUAAUGAAAUAGUUCAUAUGACAGGGUUGGUGCUCUUAAACAAACUCUCGGAAAUGAAGGAAUUCCAGAUUAUUAUCAGCACAAAGCUACUAACUGAAUCGGCAAUAGAGAGCUUGACCAAGUUUAUCGGAAAUGAAGACAAAAUGUCGAAUAAAAAUAGAAAUGCGAUUCUAUCGGAGGGAGCGAUCCUUAUCACACACAUGGUAAACUCAGCCGAACUGGGAACCUCAAAAGGAUCCAAAGAAGUUGAAAAGCUGUCGAGUGCUCUAACAGGCUUAGUUGAGAGCAUACUAAGUUUGUUGGAAAAAACAGCUGCGCAAUUGAUUCAGAACAAAAACAAGCCAUGCGUAUCUUUGACAACCACCAAUAAAUACCUGUGCCUAAUUUACUCUUUCUUGCAAAGCGAAGAAUUAAACACGGAAUCAACGAAAGAAAAAGCUCUCAAAGUUUGCGACCAAUUCAUAUUGUACGUAGACCCGCCGAUAAAAUCGAUUUCAGAAAGCGAUGAACUGACUUUAAGCUCAACAAUACUUGCAAUUUUGAAAUCAAUUUCGGCAAAAUCAGACAAAACCUGUUUAAAAUUGUGGACUGGAAAUAGUGUAAUCAAGCUAAUAAGCAGCCUUAUAAAACUGUACAACAGUAGUUUGAAAACAGAAUCUUCUUUCGAUGAAAGCGGACUGGAAACUAGUUGCCAAGUUGCAAGUGGAUUACUGGCUGUUAUUUUGAAGACCAUUCCUACGAAAAAUCGAUUGCGUUACUGGACUGAUUUUGAUACCAAUUUGAACCAACUGCUAACUAGUCUCAAAUUGACAUCCGAUAUCAAAUCUAGUGCGGCUGAAAUUAUAUGUGCCAAUAGUGCUUUAGCGUUAUCAUUUCUGUUGGAUUCUCUAAAUAGUGCGAAGGUGAAAUCGUUGUCAGAAAUGCACCCUAAUAUCUGCCAAGAAAUGUUGGCAAUAGCUUCAAAUCAUACCAAUGAUAAAGUGAGAGGGAACGUAGCUAUUGCAUUGAGCAAGUUAGUCAGCAAAGACCAGAAUCAGCUGGAUCAACUGAGGAAACUUGAUGGCCUGAAAAUUUUACACGACUGUGUUCAAUUUGUGGACUAGCUUGAAUAAAAACCAAACAGCGGAAAAAAACGAGCAGCAAAUAUGAUCGAACAAAAUACAUAUUUCACAAAAUGUAAACUAGUGAACUUUGUUCAAAAUUGUGUAUUUUAUAAACUGUAAAUUUGUCUAUUUGUACAUAAUACGAUAAUACGUUAUAGUCUAUGCAUAAUUGAUUGUGGUCAUAACAUACUGAAUAAUUCAAAA